GGGAGGUUGGCGGAGUUGCUGCAGACAAAGGCAGGCCCGAUGGAGAAGCUGCAGCCAUCAGAAACGGACCGCAGUACUGAGGAGGCUGCUGAAGACGGGAGUGUCCCACCCGUCUCCUCACCACACAACCCGAGACGUUUCACUUGUGAGGAGUGUGGCAAGAGCUUCAAGCAGCACUGCGACCUGAAGCGGCACGGCAGGGUGCACACUGGCGAGCGGCCGUACUGGUGCCCAGCCUGCGGCAAGCGCUUCAGCACCUCCUACAACCUGCUGAUCCACCAGCUGAUCCACAGUGGCGAGAAGCAGUACAAGUGCCGGGCCUGUGGCCGGGAGUUCGUGCAGCAGCACCACCUGGUCACCCACCAGCGCACCCACACGGGCGAGAAGCCCUACCCGUGCCCGGUGUGCGGCAAGGCCUUCCGCCAGUCCUCCACCAUGAUGGUCCACCGGCGCAUCCACGGCGAGGAGCGGCCCUACCGGUGCUCCGACUGCGCCAAGAGCUUCAAGACCUCGUCCAACCUGUCCAAGCACCGGCGCAUCCACACGGGCGAGCGGCGCUUCGCCUGCGAGGUGUGCUCCCGCCGUUUCCUGCACUCGCACCACCUGGCCACGCACCGCCGCACCCACGUGGGCGAGCAGCCCGCCUCCUGCCCGCUCUGUGGCCAGCACUUCGGCGACCCGGCCCAGCUCCUGGCCCACCGCCGGGCUCACGCCGGUGAGCCUCCCUACAGCUGCGAGACCUGCGGCAAGGGCUUCGGCCAGCGCUCCACACUGGUGCGCCACCGCCGCACGCACACAGGCGAGAAGCCUUACGCCUGCCCCAUCUGCGCCAAGACGUUCCGGCAGACCUCCACCAUGCAGGUGCACUACCGCACACACUCCGAGGAUCGACCCUACCGCUGCCUGCAGUGUGGCAAGGGCUUCAAGAGCGCCUCCAAUCUGAUUGGUCAUCAUCGUGUCCACAGAAGGUAGAGCACUGCCCAACUUGUAAUGGACACACGUUCAUCAGACAAGACUUGUGGAGAUUUUAGAGACAACAAUUCGCUGGAUAAGGGCUUCCUUGGAGUGGUUGCAAUGACAUGGAUGAUACAUUUUAAUUUAGUGGGUGCUCCUUUUAAAACCUCAACUCGUUGAGCUUGGGGAAUUGACAGCCAGCUAAAGCCAAAGUUUUAUAACAAAUGUGAUAUGUCACAGUCUUAGGAUGUUUCUCAAUACAGGCUAGUGCACAAUUUUCAAAUGCACAUUAAUUUUUUGAUUUGAUUGAAAUUGUUUUUGGACGUCUCAUUUUCAAAGUCAGUGAUGUCCUGGGAAACUUUAAAAAUAGACUUGCUUUUCUGUAGCACUUUUCAGAUCCUUUUCUGGACACCCCCAAAAUACUCUACAGCCAAUGAAAAUGUUUUAAGUGUAGUCACUUGCAAUACAAUAUGUGGGCAGCAAGCUCCCCCAAACAGCAAUGUGUUAAUGACCAGAUAAUGUGUUUUAUUGAUGUCAGUUGAGGGAUAAAUAUUUGCUCCUGUACAAAAUGGAGUUGGCCUGUGGAACAUUCCAUGAUACAGGUAGAUGCUGGGAAUUCCAAAGCAGAGAGACUGGGAGUGUCAGAAAAUGCAUGAUGGUGUUCCUGAAGGUGAAGAGCAAUGCUUCAUAAGCCACUUGCGAAGGAUUUGAUUGGCUUAGAGUUACUGCCACUUUAUUUUCUGUUUGUCAGUUUGGAUAUAUCAUUUGUUAUAACAUUAUUUAUUUAAAAUCAUUUGGUUCACAUUUUAAGCUUGGAAGCACAACUUGUUGAGCUGCUGUAUUGUUUUUGAAAGCUAAUGUAAGAUCUGCUGGUAAUUGGAGCAAAAACGGCAGGUGUUGGAAAUCUGAGUGUACUUUGCAUUAGGAGCUCACAAUGGUAUUGGUAUGUGUCUCUUUUACAUUGGAGAAACCAAAUGCAGGUUGGGUGACAGCUUUGCAGAACACUUCUAUUUAGGAUACCCCAAUUUCAGUUGUCUGUCACUUCAAUCCUCUCUCCUUCCCCCUCUAUUACUUUGACUUCAGUGUUAUUACCUUCCUACAUUGCUCUGAUGAUGCUUAACGUAAGCUCCAAGAAUGAGACCUCGCCUUUAUUUGAGUACAUUGAAGCUGGUGGGACUUGAUAUUGAAUUUAACAAUUUCAGGUAACCAUUCCCUUUAUCGCUCCACAGAUGUGGUUGUACCUUUGUUUCAAUUUGUUUAUUUCUUUAUAAUCUGUCUGCAUGUUCACUUUGACAACUUUGGUCUGCACCUUAUCACGGACACACCCUCUUCUCUCGACUCUUCCCCCUCUCUGCAUCUUAAUGCAUACUUGUUUUCUCUCCUCCUUUCCCAUUCUGAUGAAAGGUCUUUGACCCGAAAUGUUGACUCUAUUUCUCUCCCCACUGAUGCUGCUUGACCUGCUGAGUGUUUCCAGCAUUUUCUGUUUUUAUUUAAGAUCUAAUAUUGCUGUAAAGUAUUCCCAUUCAAGAUCUGCAAGAUUAGCUGAUUGGUUAGCUGCAGGUUAGCAAAGUUUUGCCCAGAGAUCAAGGUGCAUUCAUAUAUUCAUAAUUGGGAGUCAAGCAUGAAGAUGAUCCAAGAUAUCAGAACCAAACUAACGUAUGACGAAGUAUCAAAUGGCCUUUUUUUUAAAAAAAAGCAAGCUUUGCAAUUAAAAGCAUAACUAACCUUCCUGCUUUGAGCCCCAUCCUAUUCCCAAUAUGUUGAGAGUUACUGGUGUUGCUCAGCUAGAUCUUGAACCUCAUAGCAUUUCUCUUGAAGAAGUGAGGGCUCUUUAAUAAACAAAUGUAAAGACUCUCUACUCUCAGUCUGGGUUUCACAAGCUCUCUCCUGUAAGGUCAGUUUCUUCAACCUUGUUACAGGACUGUCAUUCAGCAUAACAGUUGUCUAGGUAGGAAUGUUUUCCAAGGAUGGGAGAUGCCAAGUAAUUUAACCCUAAAACCUGAGGUCCUAUCUUCACAUUCAAGGCUGACUUUGACAAGACUCUCAUGGCUGCUCUCAUGCAUUCAGCAAUCAAGGUGGGGCUCCCUGACACAUUAUUCAGACAAAGUUACAUUCAAAGUGCAGUUUUCUUUGAUCGAGGCGAGAAUCAUCUCAACGAAAGAACUUGGCACAAUUUUUCCUCCUCCAUAAAACAGCUUGCUAUCUUCUGAAAAUGAACACGUUGAACGUUCCACCUCCUACAAGGACGGCAGUCUGCCUUCUAACAAAUGGGUUUGACAUCUUUAAUAAGAAAUCUGAAGUGCCCAUGCAAGUUCUGCAACUCUGAAGCCAACCCUUUGCAUAACAUGGAUUGGAAGACCUAACUCUCGGCUGACGUGAAGUGGAGUUUGUUUGCUUUAAUCUAAGUUAAAGGAUGCGUUCUCUGGCACUGUGUUGACAUUGGUCGGUGCUAGCAGUCUAGCUCAUGAGACAGGAGAUCAGGGUUCAAACCUCGCUCUAGGGUACCGAGCAAUGUAAUCCAGGCUGAUACCUUGGGCAGAAGCUGUGCUGCAUCAUCUGGGGUGCUGUCUCAGGAAAGGGAAUGAGGAGCGAGAUACAUCGUUCUUUUAGGGCAGAGGCACAAUGAGUUGAAUGGCUACCUUCUGUCCUGUAUCAUUCAAUAAAUCUACUUCCUGCUGUGAAAUGGUUGCUCGCUUCAGGGAUGGCAGUGGAUGUGCCACGUAUGAACUUGAUCUCUUUAUUUAGGGAGGAAAAAGCAGUCAUGUGUGAAUGUUGGACUUAAGCAACAUAAACUUCCUAAGGUCUCCACCUGAUGCCUAAUAUGUCAGUGAAGAUCCCAACCCAAGUGCUCUGGUAAUCUCAAUGAUUAACCUAAUGAUUUAACAAUGGAUGUUUAAUUAAAGUAGUAAAAGUUUUUUCAUCUGCCUGUAUUGAUAAUUUUGCUGUGAGGUAUCUCCUUUCGCUCAAAUUUCCCAUGACCCUGUGAUAGCUACUUCAAGGUCCAGUCAGUUGAUACUUUGCAUUGGGUACAUGAGAGUUCACUGGGAACUUCACAAGUUUCCAUCUUGGGUGUAAAAGAUGGAAAUCCAGAUUAGCUGCGUACAAAGUAAGGACAGUUCUGUAUCCCAUUCAACCUUCAUUUCUGUGUUUGAUGGCUUACACAGGCUCUCGGUUCAGUCACUCCUCAAUUUUAAGCACUCAUCCUUGCUUCUGCCCCUGCUUACCUCUGUAAUCUUCAGUUUGAUUACAUUCCACAGGCCUCCUAUUUAUCCCUGAAUUUAAUCCCGUUGCCACUGAUGCCCACACCUUCAGCUGUUGAGGUGCUGAGGCUGUGAUUCUGUGCAUAAAGCCCUUUUCCUUUCUUAAGAUGCUCCUUGCAAACUACCAUUUUGUUCAAGCUAUUGAUCUCAAUACGUCAAGUGGCUUGAUUGUUAAUUUUUGUUUGAUAGUACAUUUAUGUAGCAUCCUGGGAGGAUUCCCAGAGAGAAACAGCAUAAAAGCAGGCCCUUUGGCCCAUCCAGUCUCUGCCAAUCAUUAAUCACCCAUUUACACAUCAAUCCCUUUUUUAUUCCCACAUUGUCAUUAACUCCCCCCGGACUAUACCACUCACCUAUACAGUAGGGGCAAUUUACAGUGACCAAUUUACUUACCAACCCCUACAUCUUUGAAAUGUGGGAGAAAACCAUAGCAUUUGGAGGAAACCCAUGUGGUCACUGGGAGAGCAUGCAAACUCCACGCAGACAGCAUGGGAGGUCAGGAUUGAACUUGGGUCACUAGCUGCACCACUGCCCACAAUGCUAUGUUCUUGCUACAUCAAAGGCAGAAACUAAGGGGAAAUUGUAGUUAAUCGAUCUACCUGAAACUGCACGAUAUUCUGUGCACAUUACUCCACCCACGUCAUUUUCCUAGAGUGAUGAAGGACAAUGGCUCCAAUACCAACUACAUUAGACUCCUCUUGGGAAUUGGCAAUUAGUUCCAAUUUAUGGUAGUUUAUUUCUGUAGGUCCCAUUCCCAUUAUAAACUAGAAUGAAAGUGCAGAAGCACAUUUUAUAGAGAACCUUGUAGUCAACAGACACACCUCCAUUUGUAUGGUCUGGAUUUAAAUCUAUGUUCUAGUGGUGAGAAAUGGUCUUUCAAACCCAGUCACACUUGCCUAUUAUUGUUUUACCGGAGAAUUUCCACGAAAGUUUAUCAUUAAGGCCUGCAUAUCAUUGGUCUUUGGCAAUUGUAGGUACAAAAUAAAUAUCCACCACCAGCUGAAGGAAUAAAAAUCACUGCUUCCAUCCCAAUGGGCAAAUGAGAAUCUUUAAACAACGUGACUGAAACUUUCCUUUACUCAUUGCACAGAUACACCUACUGUCUGGAAGUAACUGAGCCCAAUUUCUUCAUAAGCCGCUGGUGCUGUGAAAAUUUCCCAUUGAAAGCCACAGAACUGAUAUUGACAUUUUGCGAUGCUGAUAUUUUCUGUAUAUAAUGGAUAUUCCUUUUGAGCAUUUGCAUAAACUUUCCAUGUUUUUGGAUGUGGGUAGCACAGUAGAAAUGCAAAAUUACUGUGCACUUUCUCUUCAAAACUGAACUCCUACAGCCAUCUUUUCAUUAUUAUAACUUAUUUUCCAGUAAUUCAAUAAGUGGGCAGUAGAAGAGAUGCUGAAUGUCGAACUGUUUAAGCUAAUAUUGUCAGUCAUAUCCCCAUAUUGCUUAUGAUUCACAGAACAGCAGUACACCACAGUGUGGUACUGAUUCCUGGAAUUUGCUGAUGUGGUUCUGCAGACUGGGUUAUUGGAAUCAGUGAUUAAUUUAGUAAAAUAGGAACAAUAUGAAGAUAGAUUUGGUCAUGAAUGAUGAGUCGGAAAGGCAUGCGUGGGGGGUGGGGGUGAGGAGGUGCAAGGUGGUGGUUAGUUUCCUGUUAGGAUCAAAGGAGCCUUUGUGUGACUGUAUCUGGAGCAUUCUGUCCUGGUCUGGUCUGGUCUCUCUAUUUAGAGAAGGCCUUGCUUUCAAUCCAGGGAAUACAACAAAGCGUCACCAGUUUGAUCUCUGGGAUAGGGAUAUUGUCCAAUGAGGAGUGAUUAAACAGAGUGGGUCUGAAAUCUUUAGAAUUUGGAACAAUUAGAGGUGAUGUCUUUGAAAGAUACAAAGUUCUUACAAAGUUUGACAAGCUAGAUGACGGAUGGUCUUUCCCCUAGAAUGUGGUGUUAGGUACGUGGAACAGUACAGUGCAGGAACAAACUCAUUGGCCCACCACGUCUGCACCGAUGAGGGUGCCAAUUUAAACUAAUCCCACCUGCCUGCACAUGGCCCAUAUCCCUCUAAUCCCUGCCUGUUCAUGUGUCAGUUGAAAUGCUGCUUAAACAUUGCUGUUGUAUCUCCUUCUACCACUUGCACAUCUCCUUUAAACUCCCUGCCCCCCCCAUUUUAAAACUAUGCCCUCUAGUAUUUGAUCUUUCCACCCUGGGGGAAAAAAAAUAUUCUGACUAUCUACUCCAUCUAUGCCUCUCAUAAUUUAAUCUGCUUCUAUCAGGUCAUCCGCCAGCCUCCAACACUCCAGUGAAAACAACCCAGGUUUGUUCAGCCUCUCCUUAUAGCUAAUACCCUCCAAAUCCUAGCAAUAUCUGGUGAACCUCUUUUGCACCCUCUCCCAAGCCUCCACUUCCUUCCUAUGACAUGGUGACCAGAAAUGCACAUAAUAUUUCAAAUGUGGCCGAACCAAAGUUUAUUAUAGCUGCAAUGUGACUUUCCAACUUUUAUACUCCAUGCCCUGACUAAUGAAGGAAAACAAUCCAUAUGCCUUCUUUACCACCCUAUCCACUUGUGUUGCCACUUUCAGGAUGCUAUGGAUUUGCAUUCCAAGAUCCCUCUGUGUAUCAGUCCUCCUAAUGGUCCUGCCAUUCACUGUAUACUUUCCUCUUGCAUUUGACCUUCCAAAAUGCAACACCUCACACUUGUUUGGAUUAAACUCCACCAGUCAUUUCUCCUCCCAAAUUUCUAGCUGAUCUACAUCUUGCUGUAUUGCCUCCUGGACUAUCCACAACCAUCAAUUUUGGUGUCAUCUGCAAACUUACUAAUCAGACUAUCUAUAUUUUCAUCCAGCUCACAAACAACAGAGGUCCCAGCACUGAUCCUUGCAGAACACGACUGGUCACAGACUCCCAGUCAGAAAAACAUCCCUCCACUACUACCCUCUGUCUUCUAUGACCAAGGCAAUUUUAGAUCAACUUUAACAGUCUCAAAAUAAGGGACUGACCAUUCAAACUGAGAUGAGGUUUUUUUCACCAAGAAUCUUUGGUAUGAUCUAUUCAAGAGAGCUGUGGAAAUUUGAGGGCUAAGUACAUUCAAGACCGAUCAAUGGACUUUGGGAUACAGUGUUAAGGAAUGUGAGGUUAGUGCAGGAAACUUUCACAGAAGUAACUGAUAAGUUUUUGAAGUUUGGAGCAGUCACAAGAGGCUGAAUGGUCAACUCCUUUGUUUCUAUCAUUCUUUACUGGUAUCCAAUAAGCAUGAACAUCAAAGUCUUGGUUCCAUUGGUGGAAGUUUAGUGGAAGUUGGUGACCCAGCAGAGAUCUUUAACAUUAUGAAAGUACCUGAUAUUGACAGGCAUAGUGCAUAAAACUUGAGGCUAUCAGUAGAAGUGACUGAUAACCCUUGGCAGCCACUUCCAGGCAUCCACCACUCCCUGUGUGGGGGAAAAAAACUUGCCCUACACAUCAACUUUAAACUUUUCCCCUCUCACCUUAAAUGCAUGUCCUCUGGUAUUUGACAUCUCUACCCCGGGGAAAAGAUUCUGGCUGUCUACCCUAUUUAUGUCUCUCAUAAUUUUAUAAACUUCUAUCAGGUCUCCCCUCAGCCAUCAAUGCUCCAGAGAAAACAACCCAAGUUUGUCCAACCUCUCCUCAGAGCUCAUACCCUCUAAUCCAGGCAGCAUCCCGGUAAAUCUCUUCUGCACCCUUUCCAAAGCCCCCACAUCUUUCCUGUAAUGCAGCAAUCAGAAUUUCACACAGUUUGUGUGCCACGGAUUCCAUAUAAUUCUACAGGAUUUUCUGUGGCAGGCUGGAUAUGAAAAUCUUCCCAUGUCGUGAAGCAAAAGAAUCAUUUACACAGAUGCAUUCUUGGGACAAAUAAAUUUAUUUAUUUGAUCAAUUUUCACUUCAAGGUGGGAGAGAACCUGUUCAACUUACCAGUGCAUUCCACACUCUGAUUGUAUACAUUAUGGCAUUGGUAUGCACGUUCAGAGAUACGUCAGAGCAUGUUCAUCGGGGUACAGAUGUUCAGUUACCUUGUCUAAACCCAAGGCAAGAAGGCACAUGAUCGGUCACUUCUGUCAUCAGCUUCCCUGCAUGAUCAUGAUGUGCCUUACAGACCCCAGUAGGAUUGCUCACAGCAUUGAUGGUGGCCAUGGAGAAGGGUCAAAGGGUGCAUUGAGAAGGAGUGCUUUGAUUGGUGCAGAUUUGCCUUUCAACUGAAAUGUCGGCACAAGCUACUUCAGGACCAUUUGAUGACUAUAUAUUUUGUACACACAAAGAGGAGGAUUUUGGUGUGGGCUCAACAGAUCCUUGCAUAUUCACAGGUCCUAAUGUGGAUACACCAAUAAAUCCAACACCUUUACACACUGGGCACUGGCUACCCAUUUCAGUGCUAAAUUGGUAUUGCCUUUAAUGCCUGUAUGUACCAAUGCAUUUCAAUUUCUCCUUGAUGUAGAAAAAGAAUUCAUUCAUCUUCAUUCAUUCAUUACUGCUGAAUCUAGUAUUAGCCUGAUGACAAAAUUAUGGUUAGCAUCAAUAUUUCAUUAGAAAAUACUGGGAACACAGCAGGUCAAGUAGGAUCUGUGGAAAGAGAAACAGAAUUAAUGUUUCAGGUCAAAGACCCUUGGCAGAACUGGGAAACCGAGAAAACAAUUUAAAAUUGCCAGCUGGUUGAUAGAUUGAUGACAGUUAGAAAGAAAGAAAUGGUAACAACUUUUUUCCCAGGGCGGUAGUGGCCAAUACCAGAGGACAUCCGUUUAAAGUGAGUGAAGGAAAGUUUAGGGGAGAUGUCAGAAGUAGUUUUUUUAAACAGAGAGUGGUGGGUGCCUGGAACGCACUGCCGGGGGUGGUGGUAGAGGCUGAUACAAUAGCAACAUUUAAGAGACUCUUAGAUAGGCACAUGGAUGUAAGAAAAAUGGAGGGUUAUAGGCUGUGUAGGAAGGAAGGGUUAGAUUGAUCGUGGAGUAGGUUUGUAUAGGUCAGCACAACAUCAUGGGCCGAAGGGCCUGCACUGUGCUGUACUGUUCUAUGUUCUAAGACAUGUAAAAACUGUGAAAUCCAGCUAUCCUCUUGUAACUUCAAAAAGCAAUAAUUGGGAAGAAUCAUCAGUCACUGACAAGGGUGAAUUGAUUUGAUAAAGCCAGCGUAGAGUGGUGAAAGGUAUUUCAUGUUUAACUCAGUAGAUAGGGUUUUUGAUGAAGUAACAGAGGUGGAGGAGGGAAAUUUGGAUAAAACUCUAAAAGAAGUUUGAUAAAGUGGCACAUAAUAGAUGUCAUCAAGAUUGAAGCACAUGGUAUAAAAGCGGCUGGGGCCACAUGGAUAUUAAAUUGGCUAAGUAACAGAAAAGAGAGUAGUGGUAAAAUGUGUAGGGGAUCUGUACACUGGAGAUCCCCAGGGGUCAGUACCAGCACUGUGGCUUUUCUUAAUACUUAAUGAUUUUGAUUUGAGUCUGCAGGGUUAAAUUUCCAUAUUUACAGAUGACACUAAACAUGGAGGUGUGGUCUGCAAGAAGAAUGGUGCUAGUCACAAAGGAGAUGAGGACAGGCUGGUGGGAGGGCUAGAGAGCUGGCAGAUGAAAUGUAAUGCAAGAACUGCAAAGUAUUACAUUUUGUUAGGAAGAACGAGUAGUUUAUGUAGCCUCCUGAGGGCACCCUUCUAAGAGAGUGCAAAACAGUGAUUUGGGGGAAUGUAUACACUGAAAGCGGUAAAACAGAUUGAGAUAGUGGUUUGAAAAAUGGCAUUCUGGAUUAGACAGAGUGGAUAGAGACUGUUCCGGUUGGGGGAAGGGUAAAAAACCAGGGGCCUGGAACGAAGAGGAUUAUCAAAAGAACCAAAAGUGACACGAGGGGAAAAACUAGCGAUUGGGGUCUGGAAUGGGUGCCAGGGGUAAUGUGGGGGGCAGGGAGGAAUUCAACUGCAGCAUUCAAAAGGGAGUUGGAUAAAUGUCUAGAAAGAACUAGCAGGACUACGAGGAGAGGGCAGGGAGUGCCCUUACAUAGAGUGAGUAUGGACUCAAAGGGCUGAGUUGCCUCCUUCCAUGAUGUGAUUCUGUUUCCAUGACCUGACGCAUAAUAUCUGCUCACUUGUUAGCCUGCCCAUGAGUUGGAUUCGAACCCAACUGUUCUUCCUACAGUGCUUCCGCUAUGUGUUUGGACCCUCCUUUCCCCACACUCAGAACAAAGGCUGCAAAGUAAAACUAGGUUAUGUGAGAUUUAUCAUGCUGAUCUUUUUGUAGUAAUGUUGUUUCUUCAAUAGUCAACGUGUAAGUGAUACUCAUAGGCUUUUUUUUCAGAUUUCAUUAUUAUAUUGCAGAACUGACAAUAAGACCCCAUUCUGAACUGGAAGUAAUAAACAGACUAUUUUCUCCUUAGUAUCUAAGUAUUACUUUGGUAUUGAUAGAAACUGUUUCUUUGUAAAUUAAAAGUGCUUUAUUUAACAAAGUACAAACACAAGCCUGUUAAAAGUCUGGAGUUCCCUUUCUAUGAUACCAUUUAACUUGUCCAGUACUUACAUUGUUCAAAUUAUUCUUAAAAUAGCACAAUAUGUAUACAAUGAAAUGUCUUUGA